UGCUUCCUUUCCAACUGCUUAAAUUAUGAUCUCAUCAACUUGCUCGUCCACUUGCGCUUUGCCUCAUGAUAUGGUCAUUCUACUCUCAAUCUGUUGGGUCCUCUUGAAAUUUAUUUUCCAUCACAACUGCAAUGUGGGACAAAACAGGCGAAAUCAGUAGUUAUGAAACUGGUCGGCCCUCCACUUGAUUCCUGCUAGGCUGCUAUCAACAAGACAAUAUAUCCUUUCCCAUGCAGUGCAUCAAUUUGAGCUGCAACAUGUUGGUGGGGUUGCCUAGCUAUAACAUAUAGUUAAUGCCUUUUUAUAUCCUAGGUCUUUGGUUAAUGGGUUCGUCAAAUCAUGAUUAACAGAAUAAUUAAGAGAAAAUGUUCAGUCUUUGUUUAUUAAUCACGCGCGUCUAAUUUGCUUUAGUUCAUUCACGUAAACAGGAGUAGGCUAACUUUAAAAACGUUUCUUCCUGGAAAUUUAAAUCAACUUCUCUUCAGUUGAUCUCUUUGAAGCGAAAGAAUGAUUCUCUCUAUACAAUAGCUAGCGUCCUGGCGAAUACAUGGUGAAAGAUCAUUAGGCCCUUUGGUUAACUGGAUAUUCAUCUGGAUCUUCACCAAAACUCUCCACGCACGCUCACUUGUGCCAACUUUUGUAUUAUGGCGUCAAGCUCUUCCGCCGUUACUCCUCCAUGGAAAUAUGAUGCGUUCCUUAGUUUUAGAGGUGCUGACGUCCGCCAUAAUUUCCUUAGACAUCUUUAUGAUGCUCUAGAUCAAAAUGAAAUCGAAACAUUUAUCGACUACAAACUUGGUGCUGGAGAAGAGAUCUCACGGAUCCUCUUGGAAAAAAUCGAACAAUCAAAUGUUUCAAUCGUCAUUUUCUCCAAAAACUAUGCAGAUUCUCCUUGGUGUUUGGAAGAACUGGAGAAGAUCCUCGAAUGCAGGCAAACGUUACAGCAAAUUGUUAUACCAGUAUUUUACCAUGUUGAUCCAACCCAUGUCCGAGAGCUGAGUAACAGUUAUGGAAAUGCACUUGCCGAGCAUCAGAGAAAAAUCAGUUCAGACAAGGUGGACAAUUGGAAACGUGUUUUGAUCGAAAUAGCUAAUCUAAAAGGCUGGCAUUUUAAUGACACCAAGACUAAAAGGUUAUUAAUAUGACUGGGUUUUUACUUUAGUGAGUGGCAGUGACAAGUUGUUAUGUUGAUAACCAUAAUUGGAAUCAAAAGAUAGGGGAAAACACGAUUGUGGAUGGUGGCUUUAUCAUGGAUAUAGUGGUGGGUGAAGGUUGUUGGAUUUGUGGGUAUUGCUAUAUAUAGGCUGGAGUAAAGGAGCUAUGGUGGCUAGUGAGUAUGUAUAUACUUACAUGAAUGUCUAUGUAUGCUCUUAGUAGUCUAUUAAGUGAGAAGGGUAAUCAUGACUUAUGGUUUGGUAGUGGUGGGUUUUUGUGCUAGUAUUUAAAGGUCACUAUCGGUUGAAUGGUCUGCUAGGAUUUGGUGGGAGGCUUUAGUUAGUGAAGAGGGAAAGUUGUUGGUUAUGCAACCAAAACUAGAGCUUGUGGGCUAUGGUAUGAAAGUAGGGGUAUUGGUGAUGGAAGGUAGCUG